CCGGACCCUUGAAGAAGGAGACCGAUUCUGUCUGGGCGCGGGUUACCCUUGACCCCCACUGUCCCUCCGUUUUGGUCGCCAGGCGCUGUGCCGCAUUGUUCAGUCGCCGUCACCUGCACGACAUACGCAAUAAUCAGAUAUAUACCGACAACCGAGACCCCUCAUGGCGACCGAUUUCAUGACGCCACGGCUUCCGGGCCAGCACCAGCACACCCCUUACUACGCGACCGCACAGUCGCAACGACAGCAGUACCGCCCUCAACAACUGCCUUCCUUUCAGCCCUCUCCCAUCACCACCACCCACCCCGCGUUCACACCAUACAACACGCCGGUCUCCCCGCUUGGCACUCCGGGAGCCGGAAGCAUCUCGCCGACGGCAUCCAAAAACCGCAACCGGCCUUUGUAUGUCCCGGCUGUGUUGCGGCCCACCGAGUUUCCCUCCAAAGAACCACCGGCUCGUCCGAACUUGGAAAAUGAGGAGGAGGAUGGGGCGACCGAGGAGGGCCUGCGUCCGAACAGCAGCUUUAUGAGCCUGGGAGGCUUGAGCGCGUUCGGACGGCUAAGCAGGCGAUCAACAGGCGACAGCACCAAAGGUUCCAGCAACGACUGGGACCUCGAGCAGUUUCCCAAGCCCACGGGCAUGCCAACGCGGGAGCACUGGAAGCCCGACCAGGAGUCCACCAUCUGCGACCACGCGACCUGCAAGCGCCACUUCAGCUACUUCACGCGCCGCCACCACUGCCGCAAAUGCGGCAACAUCUUCUGCGACCAGCACAGCGCCUUCGAGAUCCCCCUUGACCAGGACGCCAACUUCAACCCGCGCGGGGUGCCCAGCCGCGCGUGCGGCCACUGCUAUGCCCAAUUCAGGGAGUGGCGCAGCCUAGCCAUGACCAACAACAGCCACAGGCGGCGGGCGUCGACGCCAGGAGACUUGCACUCGGAUGGCCACGGACAACUCAUCCAUGGCGCUGCUUCUUCAUCCAGCCCCGUCUCGACUUCGCCGGUCAACGGUCUGAACGGCCUGCAGGUGCCGCCGCACGUGCCGGAUGCGGCGCACAGCGUCCCGCGGGACUGGAACUGGAGCACCUUCUAGGCCGUGGCGGUUUUGGUGGGGGUGGGGGAAGCGAAUAGUCUAUUGGCAGGCAGCCGCCGGGUGGUGGCAAAUACGUCGUUCGUCAGGCCACUUACCAUCUUCCCGAUGCUACCCGGCAAUACCCCUACUCGCAGCAACAGCCGAAGCAACAACUGUUCCGUAC